CUCACCCCGGCCGGCCCCAUCACCCGUCCACACGCUGGUGCCGCUCCCCUACGUUAGUCCCUCGAUACCUGCCCUGCGCCGUCCAGCCUCGCAGCACGUUGAAGAGGCUCGCAGCAAACAGUUGGGCGGGCUGAGCCUGGAACCUUACCUACCUUAGCACCCGGCCCGCGGCCACGCCAGCCCAAGCGCCAGAGCAUCCCUGAGGCAACCGCGGAGCCGCUUUUUCCCACCACCACGGCCAAACGAAACAGCCUCACCUCCGCCGAUGCUCGUCGCCCGCCGUCUCCUCCGUCCAGACAGGCCUCAUCGUCGACUCAACUUCGCAGUCUCACCCCCACUGGCAUCUCACGCCACCCCUUGCCUCACCUCUGCCCACGUCGUUGGUCAGCUCCAGCUCUCCCGAUGGCCGCUGCAUAUGCUCGCGCCUCGUCGUGCUUCGUGUCCUGCUCCCGCCAGGCAGUCUCGUCUACCUCUCCUCUGAUCUCGUCACUACGCCUCCUGUCCUUGUCUGUCUGACGUUCUUCGUACCACGUCCUCCCUCCCAUCGUUUCCUCUCAGGCUUGCCUCGCCGCGCUCCUCCGCGCGUCCUGAGGGCGGUUGCGUGCAUCUGCCUACAUGCAUCUCCUACCUACCAGCUCUCGGCCAAAUCAAAUAUUCGGUGCCCCUGUUGGGCUCUCUUCGUUUGUCUCUUUGUCGAUAUUGGGUUGACAUACACGCUGUCGCCUGGUCAUCUCACCGCUUCCUUCCCGGCACCGCUGGCCGCUCAACAUGGCGUCGCCAGACGGCACGGAAUCCGAGCCGCCACCGGUUAAGAGAUUGUCGUUUCUCCGCAAGUUCAUGCACAAGUCGAGCCAGAGAAGCUCGUCAGUUCCCAAGUCGCCGCCGCAGAGCCAUGUGCCCGACCCUCGCGAGGCCGUCCCUGAGGAUCCCGUCCGGCCCACGGUCCCAGUCCACGUCGCCGGGAGGGAGGUCAUCACUGGCCUGCCCCGUUCCCAAACGUUUGCGAGGCAGCAGUCUGAGCAACGGAUGAAUCUCGCUCCCGUAGCCCCAUCGGCAGACGAGAGAAGAGCCGCAUCGGUCGAUCGCCGCUCACGUAGCCGCCACCAUCGACGUCCUUCUGAGCUCGGCGCGAACCCUCGCGUCAGUGCCCCAGGAUUGCUGGGCUCUUCCCAAGGCGACAACCUCCUCCAUCACAGCUCUUUGUAUACGGGAGACUUCUUCGGCGAUGGAUUGGCAGUACAAUCCUUAGACGCGGAUUCCUCCACCGAGCCCUACAAAGGUGGCGAUGGGACGGUCCCAACUACAGAUGGCUCGUUGGACGCUCAGUCCAUGACGACCUCGCAGCAUGAAGCCAUGAUCAAUGACGAACUCGAGAGGAAAUGGAUUCUCAACCUCAGCAUGCACUUUAGAGAUCGAUCCAAACGGGAAAAAUUCUUCGUCACCUACCGGGAAAAGGAGCACAUCUGGCGCCGUGUCACCAUUUCCCUCGACUAUCGCUAUGCAACGCUCAACUCGCUUGAGAUGGACUUGUUCCAGACCCGAUACCAACGCGAGAAGAGCGCCAAAAUCUACGAGGCAAUCCGCGAAAGCCUAGCCGAUAUCAAAUUUUACGACACUGUUACCAACCUCAAGCUCGAGACAACCGAUGGCCGACUCCACGUCCACGUCGUUGAGGACGGUAAUGAAAUAAUCAAUUACCCUUCCGUCAGCCAAGUACGACAUCUGGGCUGCCGACGAAUCAGGGAGCGCGAUAUCGUCUUUGACUCCCACAUGUCGGGGUUUGUGUACAAGGUCAACGUGCAUGGCCAUGUUCUCAUCAAGAAGGAGAUUCCGAGCCAGGAUACCAUCGAUGAGUUUCUGUACGAGGUCAACGCCCUCAACAGCCUGCGCUACUCCAACGACGUAGUCCAUUUCUACGGCGUCGUCGUUGACGACGAGGAUGAAUUCGUCAAGGGCCUACUCAUCAGCUACGCCUCGCAGGGUGCACUCAUCGACAUCAUUUACGACCAUUGCAAAGACAGUAACUAUACCCUUUCUUGGGCCACCAAGGAGCGGUGGGCGCGCCAGAUUGUGCGAGGCCUGUCAGACGUUCACGAAUCGGGCUUCGUGCAAGGCGACUUUACCCUCUCCAACAUUGUCAUCGACGAGUUUGAUAACGCCAAGAUCAUCGACAUUAACAGACGAGGCUGUCCUGUUGGCUGGGAGCCACCGGAGGCAACGGCCCUAAUCAAUGCCGGGCAUCGCAUCAGCAUGUACAUUGGCGUCAAGUCGGAUUUGUAUCAGCUGGGAAUGGUGCUGUGGGGGCUCGCGAUGGAGGAGGACGAGCCCGAAGCUCAUGGCCGGCCGCUGAUGCUGGGUCCGGAGAUCAACGUCCCUGACUGGUACCGACAAAUGACGGAAAUAUGUCUCAGCGCCGACCCGAGAAUGCGUCAGCAGGCCUCGACGCUGCUGCGCAUGUUCCCGUCCGUAGCUGACGAGGACGAGCAUGCAUACGCCAAGCAGCACCCCGUCACGGCUGACGACGGGCAACCUCUCAACGAGCUCUUUGUGGACGCCUACCAAGCCGAUGCUCGGCCACUGAUUAGAACUGUUGAGCCGCCGAACGACUUGUUCUACUCGGGCAGGACUUACGUGGAUACCAGCCCCGUGCCGUACGAGCAGUACUACCCAGCACGCGGGCGUUCGCCUCCGAGUCCCUUGCCCAGUGACUUCGAUAUAUGCGAGUCAUCACGAGACCCGUUCAGCAAGACCUCGUGGGCGGCAAAUAGGAGCGUGCGACCUUCGUACACGGAUGUGGGAGCGGAUGAUAUGGCUACGGAUGACAUGUCACAAGCGGAAAACGAGCACAGCACGCCGACGCCGACAACGGGAAUUGCCGCUGUAGGUGACGCUCCUCUUGCACAACCGUCGGAUCCCGGAGCAGGGAGUGUCACAACGGCACCAGCUGUGGCUGGUGGACUGACGAACCACGGCGCCGAGGCUGCAGGUGUGGCAAGUCCCAAUGACAUUUCCGAUGCCGUGCGAGAACAGCCUGGUGUCACGGGGGCGGAAGGGGCACCAAUCCCUAGUCUCGUUCGAACGGACACCGUCAUCAAACUCGACACGGUCUCGGCGGUUCGUGCAAAGGAGCCAGCAGACGCGGGCGCAGCAUCGGCGCUAAAAACACCCAAGAUAGAGAAGGAAAGUGCUGCUCCGGAGGCUGUACACUGUCCCCGCGCACAGACGCCAGAGGGAUGCAUGCGGCCGGCGAUUGCACCCCAGACACAUGAGAACGCGGCGGGUUACAACUCGGACCGCGAUAUCGCCGUGGAACGUGUGCCGGUGGCAUGCCCUGAGGGGUUGGUAGAGUCACGACAGGAGACAACAACGCUUGCUCCCAAUGAGAACGCGGAAACCGGGACCGAGCGGCAAACAGAACACUUGGUAGCCCAACAGCUGAGCAGCACGAUGCCUACCUCUCAGGCAGAGAGAGAUGACGAAACGGGGCAGGGCGCUUAUUCGCAGAGCUCCCUGUCGAACUCGACGGCCGGUGCGGCGUCGCGCAGCCGCAUGGCGUCACUGCCCCUGGACGACUCUGGCACGCCUUCAAUGUCUCAUGCUGCACGCGGCGGGCAACCGAAACCGGGUUUCGUGAGGCAAGCAUCGCUGCCAGAGUCACUGACGGGCAUUGGAGCGGCCCACCUAGGAAUCGACGACAGCGUAAUGCAAAGACGGGGUAUAUUUGAGGAUGACCUAAACCCGACAUCCCGGCCCAGUACGGUGCCGGCAGUAAUGAUAACGACAGACUUAGGAACGUGAAGACCAUAGCAGGACAUUACAGCUAGCUUUGUUUGGGCACAUUUUUGGGCGUGGCAGCCAUUGUAUUUUACAGAAGGCGGACAGGCAACUGACUGUUUAUUAUUGUCAGGGAGGAGGCACGCAUCGGGGAAUACGCAUGGCACGGUAGUAUAGCAGACGACUGUACCGAGUACGAAUGUUACGCGCAUCAUGACCCUAGAG